AUGGCUCUCCAACAGUUUGUGUGCUGUUUCACUGUGGUGAUCAUUUCCUUAUGCAAAGGUUGUCAUUCAGAGCAGCCCGCAUGUGGCAGCAGGGCUGUGAAGAGCAGCAACAUCACAAGAGACCAGCAUGCAACACCAGGAAGUUGGCCCUGGUACGCUGAAGUAAACUCUCUCUUUGGAGGGUCUCUAAUCACCGACCAGUGGGUGCUGACAACUGCAUCCAUCACACUAUUUGAUUUCAGUAGCAUAGAGGUGUAUCUGGGCCGCCACAGCAGGUCAGCUUCAAACCCAAAUGAAGUAAAUCGGACAGUGGUCAACUUCACCUGCCAUCCUGAAUUCAACUCGUCGACUCGUGAGAACGACAUUUGUCUUCUGAAGCUGUCGGCUCCUGUGAAUUUCACAGACUACAUACAGCCGAUCUGCUUAGCCUCAGAAAACAGCACUUUCGACAAUGAGACCAGCAGCUGGGUCAUCGGUUUUGGUGACGAUGGUAAUGAUUCCAACACCCUGCAAGAGCUAAGAAUAAAAAUAGUGGAAAACUUUAAGUGCAAAUUCAUCUAUGAAGACUACUUUAGGAUCGCCGUUGUGACAGAGAACGAGAUCUGUGCUGGAUUCGAGGCUGGAGGCAUUGAUCCAUGUCAGUUUGACAUAGGGGGACCGCUCAUGACCAAAAAUGAGUCAGUCUGGGUCCAGAAUGGACUUCUCAGUUAUACCUUAUGUGGUAUUUUGGGAAGACCUUCAGUGUUCACUCGUGUAUCCCAGUACCACAAAUGGAUCAGCGACACAGUCACAGGGACUCCACCAGGCUUUGUUCCAGUCACCAACCCAGGCAGUUCAACAUCACCAACCACUAAACUCACCACUCUCCCUACAACUUCCCACAAAAUGUGACAGUGUGUUUGACAGUGAUGAAAACCUGAUCUACUUCACUCAUUUCUCUUCAGUCUUUGCUCUGCUCUGUAAUAACAUGCAAACAUGAAAAAUGUUGAACAAUUUUCCUCUUUUUUUUCCUUUUUUUUGCAUUCAUCAAAUUUUAUAAUUUUAAUGUGAAUGUUACACUUCUUACUCCACACUGUAAAAAAAAAAAAAAAAGAAAGAAAGAAAAAUCUGUAACAAAACCAUGCCCUAAUCUACAGGUUUUCUGUUAAAAUAGAAAAUUCUGUAGACUUACAGUAUGUUUUCUGUACCAUUAAUAAACAUUUUUGUUAACAGUAAAAUUGAAAAUUCAGUUUAUAUCACCAUUUACAGGCAUUUGCUUCAAACAGGACACCUGACAAACACUGACAUACAUUUCAUUAGUACCUUCAAGCUAAAAUCAAUACUGUGGUUGUUAAUAAGUUAAGUUGUGAUUUACGUCCAUGUCUCCACUCACGAUACAGUAUACGGAGUGAGUUAUGAGCAAAAGCUCACCUUUCAUUAGCAAAUUAAAUUCACCUUUACAUAUACUAUUUCACUUUGUUAUGUGUUAUGUCAUGUGUACAGCACUUUGUUUUCAGCUGAGAGUUCUUUUGAAAGUGCUACAUAAAUACAUUGCUUGCUUGCUUAUCAGUGAAUCCGAGAGAACAUUUGUCCCAGAUUAACACUGCAGGGUCUUUACCUUACAAGGAGACAACAUUUGUUGACUGUUGAGCUGUACUAUAUGAAUAAA